AUGGAAGAUGAUCAAAUGAAGCAAAGCUGUCGCAAACUCCCCGAAGACUGCGUCAAAGCCUUCCAAGACGAACUCAAGCUCACAACAAACAUUGCCGGUCUAUUCAAUUUAUUAACUGAAGCAACCACACUUCCAACCACCAAAAACAGUCAAAAACACAGAACAACCCCAACUAGGCGAAAAAUAAAAUCAUUAAAAACACCCAGAAGGAAAGCAAAAAAGGAGAGAAUAAACACAGAAAAAUUGCUACCAGAAAAAAUGAGAAGGGAAAAUUUAAAUAAUACAGAAGCAGUAAUUACCACUCUAAGUGACGAAAAUCAGAAAAAAAAUAAAAUCAGAAUUUCUGUUCCAAAAAUAAUAAAAACAACAAAGAGGAGGGUGUUGUUAACUAAAAGAAGUGGGGAAAUGAGAAGAAAGGAAAAUUUUAAAAUUGGUGGAAGACAAAGAAGAAAAUUGAAGAAUGAAGAUAAUGAGAUAAUUAGUAAGAGGAGACAUGAAGGAAAUAUGAAAUUAAAUAGAAAAAGGGCAAAAAGGGUAGAAAAUAGAAUAAAAAGAUAA